UGCUCAGUUGUUCUUGGAUGGCAAGUGAGAAAGAAGCAUAUUCGUCAAAGUCUUCUGACUCCAAUUAUACAUUCCAAAACUGGAAGUACGAUGCGUUCUUGAGUUUCAGGGGCAAAGAUACUCGAAAAGGUUUUACGGAUCACUUGUAUUCUGCCCUACGUAAGAGUGGAUUUGGAGUUUUUAGAGACAAGGAAGGAUUCAAAAGGGGAGAAACUAUCUCAGAAAAACUCAAAGAAACAAUUGAACGAUCUCGCUUUGCAAUUGUUGUCGUGUCAAGAAAUUAUGCUUCCUCUUGGUGGUGUUUAGAUGAGCUUCAACAUAUUCUUGCUACAAGAAAUAAACCAAGUCAACAAGUUCUUCCCAUCUUUUAUCAAGUAAGUCCAUCGGAUGUAAGACAUCAAGGAGGAAGCUUUGGUGAAGCUUUUGAUGAGCUUCAAAAGAAGUUCCAAGAUGACAAGGAGAAGAUCAGAAAAUGGAGAGAUUCUCUUACCCAACUUGCUGAUUUAUCUGGUUGGGUUUCUGAGCAAUGGUACGAAUCACAACUUAUUGAAAGUGUGGUUGAACAGUUAUGGAACCACUUCCAUGUUAACUUGCCACAUACAAUCAACGAUGAUAAGCUAAUUGGUAUUGACUGGAGAAUUCGUGAAAUAGAAUUCUUUCUGUCAAAGAAGCUUGACGAAGUCAAGUUUGUAGGAAUAUGGGGUAUGGGCGGGGUUGGCAAGACAACUCUUGCAGGAGCUAUUUAUGAGAAGUUGCACGAUGAAUUUGAUUUUCAUUGUUUUCUCGCCAAUGUUAGGGAGGUUUCAGAAAGAUUUGGGUUAGCUUCUUUGCAAAGAAAACUAGUUUCACAUCUUAGAAAAGAAAACAAAGAAAUUGAAGACAUUUUCAUAGUAAAGAAUACAAUAAAAUACCAUUUUCGCAAUAAAAAGCUUUUGCUUAUCCUUGAUGAUGUAAGUUCUAUAGACCAAUUGGAGAGCCUUGCUGGAAGCAUGGAGUGGUUUGGUGCUGGGAGUAGAGUACUUAUAACAACCAGAGAUGUCCACUUACUUAGGUUACAUCAUGUGGAUUCAAUAUACGAGGUUACGCCAAUGAACAAGGAUGAAUCUCUUCAACUUUUUCACCUAAAAGCAUUUACAAGAGAUCAAGCCGAUGACCAGGACCUUCUGGAGAAGUCUAAAUUAGUCAUUAGCUAUGCAGAAGGCCUUCCUUUGGCUCUCUGUGUUUUGGGCUCCUUUUUUUGUGGAAGAAGUGCAGAUGAAUGGGAAAAGUCUCUGGAUAUGUUGAAGGAAGAUUCAAAUAAUCAAAUUUUUAAGAUACUCAAAAUAAGUUAUGAUGCAUUAAGCCCUAAAGAAAAAGCAAUAUUUCUUGAUAUUGCUUGUUUUUUUAAUAUAUGGGGAAAAGAUGAAGUAACAGAAAUAUUGGAAAGUUCCGGUCUUCCGGCAACAAUUGGUAUCCCUAAUCUUAUCAAAAAAUCUUUGCUUGAUGAAGUUGAGGUUGGCUAUAGCAAGUAUAUAAAGAUGCACAAUUUGAUUCAAGAUAUGGGUAGGAGUAUUGUUCGUGAAGAAUCUCCUGUACAUGUUGAAAGGCGCAGUAGAUUGUGGUCUACCGAGGACAUUGUGCAAGUACUAGAACGAGAUUCGGGGACCGAUGCAAUAGAAGGUAUAGUUUUGCCUUUUAGUUAUGACAACGGCAGAACAGAUUGGAAUCCUAACGCCUUUUCAAACAUGAGUCGGCUUCGAAUACUCAUCAUAUCAUCAAGUAUUAAUGUCUGCCUUCCCUUUGGUCUGAAAGACUUACCUUGCAAAUUAAAAGUUCUCGAUUGGCAUGAAUGUCCUCUACAAACUCUUCCGUUGGAUGAGGAAGUGCGUAAACUUGUACAUCUCAGAAUGAAAAAUAGCAAAAUAAAGCGACUUUGGCAUGGUGGCAAACAGAUGGAGAAUCUCAAGUUUUUGGACUUGAGCCAUUCCAAACAACUCACUGAAGCUCCACAAUUCUCAAGAUUUCAAAAACUAGAAAGAUUAGUUCUUGAAGGAUGUAAGGAACUUGUUCAAAUUGAUCCUUCUCUUGGCCAGCUCAAAAGUCUUGUUGAAGUCAAUCUUAAAGAUUGCAAAAAUCUUAAAAGCCUUCCAAGAGAAUUGGAAAUGGCAUCUCUGAGAGAAUUUGUUCUUUGUGGCUGCACUAAAGUUAAGAAACUUCCAAAUUUUGGAGAAUGCAUGAAAAAUCUCUUAGUACUUGAUGUUAAGGAGACAAAUAUAGCCGAACUUCCUGAGUCACUUGGAUCACUAACUAAUCUGGAAACUUUGGAUUUAAGAGGUUGCCAAAAUCUUGUUAGUCUACCCCAUAACAUCCAGAAAUUGAAGUGUCUGAAAGUUCUUGAUAUUUCUAAUUGCUCAAAUUUAUCAAAACUUCCAAAAAGCUUGAAUGGAAAUAAAGCCUUGGAAAAGCUUGAUGCAAGUGGAACAACUAUCACAGAAGUACCUUCUUCUAUUGGUUCCUUAGAAAAACUCAAGAUAUUGUCACUUCAUGGAUUGAAAAAGCCAACAUCCAAAUCAUGGAUCAAGAGGUAUUCAUUUCCUAAGGGCUUAAAAUUGCCUACAUCAAUCUUCAGCAUUAAAUCACUAGAAGAAUUGGAUCUAAGCCAGUGCAAUAUUCAUGAUGGAUUCCUUCCGAAUGAUCUCAAUGGCAUGUCAUCAUUAUGGAAAUUAGAUCUAAGUGGAAACAACUUCACGAAUCUACCUACUGGUUGCAUUUCUAAGCUCUUGAAUCUACGAUUUCUAUACUUGAAUUCCUGCCCAAGGCUUCAAUUGUUGCCUAAGCCUUCACCAGGUUUAGAUCUAAUGGACGCUAGAGGUUGUACUUCAUUGCCAACCUUGUCAGAAGAAAGAUUAUUACAUCUCUUUGCUUCAAUUGAUCAGGGUGGACAAUACGCGGAAUGGAAGCCACAUAGAUUGAAUGCUAACUCAUGGGCAUCACUAUCAAUUAAAACCUUCUCGGUGACUAUCCCAGGAAGUGAAAUACCGUUGUGGUUUCAGAGCCAAAAAUCUAUUUGCCAGGAUAAGGAAUAUGAAAGUUCAAUCAUUGUGGACGUCCCACCUUCUGAUUGGCUUGGAUUUGCACUGUGUACUGUGCUUGAAAAUGACAUGUUUUAUUCCACUACUGAAGCCGACCAAAAUGUAUUUUGUUGGCGUUAUUACUUUGUUAAAGCUUCCUAUGAUAAGUUCGUGUUCUUACAAGGAAGGGAUCGAAAACUGGAGAAGCCAAUAAAUUUUCCCCACCUUUGGAUCUUGUUUGGACAGAUUGGGAAGCAAACGUGCUCGAGUUUAUCAAUGGAUUACAGCCGAUUUCACUUGAAAUUUGAUGCUGAAAGGAAAGAUGGACUCAAUUAUGUUAGGUGUGGGUGGCGUGUCAUGAGCAAGAUGGAUUUUGAAAGCCUCCUCGUAGCAAUGGAAGUGCACGAAAAUCAAGAAAAUGCAUGGUGCCAUGAAGCACAAGAGCAAGGACAACGCAACUUCUCAGAUGGUGAUCAGAGCUAUCAAAUUCAAACCUUAGCCGACAAAGGUAAAAAACCUGAGGCUCCAGAGUCAUCUGCUCCUAUGUUAGAAGAUGAAGUCAGAUUAAAUGAUUCAUUGACUCCACAUAUUAUGGACAAUGCGAGUGAUCGUGACUUUGCUCCACUAGCCGUGGUCCAGUCAUUUGAGAUUACUCAGGUAAGCACACACUGCUGUGAAGCUGAGGAACAAGGACAACAGAGUCUGUCACCAAGUGAGAACUUAAAUGAUUCACAAACACAGUUCAUGGACGAUGCAAGCCUAGCCAUUGCAACGCCAACUAACGCCAUCGAUUCUCCUUCUCCGUCGAACAGCCUUCAACCCGGGCCAUCAUCUUAGUGUGCGACUACAACUCAGGAAGCAACAAUUUCCACUGAUGAUUCAAUUGAAGCUACGCACACAAGUUCAUAUUUCGGGUGAGAGAAAUCAUUCUGCUGGUGAUGAUAAACCUGUGGAUAAUUACAUUUCCGAGGCUUACCCACCAAAGUAUGAACGAACAAGUGCUCAGGAGAUACAUGAUGAACUUUCCAAAGUGUCUGACUUGAACGACGCCGAGUUUAUGGAAAUUUAUAAUAUGCUUAUUCAUGAUGAAAGAAAGUUUGAGGCAUUUAAGGCUCUUCGACUUCCUGAAUUAAGAAAAGCAUGGCUGUUGAUGCAAAUUAAUAAACUGUAAAUUUGUAAUCUUCGUAAACCUUUGCUACCAAAUCAUUAAUUGUGCUAGUUUACCAUUGUGUUAUAUAUUCUUGUUUCAAACAUGAAUUGUCGAUGGAACUGCAUCUGGAGAUAUGAUAAUUUUUUAAUAUAUUGAUGAUA